GCAUGGUCGCGUAUGCCGAGGGGAUUCGGGAGACUAGUAGAACAAGACGCCUCGCUCACCCACCAUUUCCGCGACCACGGCGUUGACUCGUUCCGCCCGUCCCACUGCCACCCCGGCCUCCGGCGCCCCACCCGUCAGUGGCGGUAACGCGGCGACCCCAAUAGGUGAAAUCGCAGCGGCGGCAGCGUCCCCUUCCGGCUCCGGCGUGGAGUGCGGUGCGGCGUGGCGUGGCGGUGCGACGCGAGCACGCGAGCGACUCUGUUUCGGGCUCGGUGGGGUUCGGGUCUGGGCUCAGGUCGGUUUGGCUGGUUCGGAUGGUCGGUGCCGGUGCCGGUGCCAGGGCGCGGAAACCUAACCCUAGGGGCCGGAUAUAUUAGAUGCUGGGGGGCAGCGGAGGCGGUGGCGGUGGCGCGGGCCUGGGACUGGACCUCUCGGCGGUGAUUCAGGCGGCGGUGCUCGGGCUCGUGCUGUUCUCGGCGGCCGUCGUCGCCAUCCGCCGCGCCGCCUCGCGCUACUUCGUCGUCGACGCCGCUGGGUUCGCCGCCUCCUACGACGAUCACCACCACCACAGCUCGGCCGCCUACCCGAUGCCGUCCCAGGGGAAGCAGGAGCCUGGGCCAGCCGGCGAGGAGGCGGGGCCGUGCGCCAAGUGCGGCGGCGUCAGCUCCAAGAAGUGCUCUGGUUGCAAGCGCGUGCGGUACUGUUCUCAGGAAUGCCAGACAAAACAUUGGCAAACUGAUCACAAAUUCAAGUGCAAACAAAUGAAAUUAUUGGAUCCUGGUGACAAGUUAUCCAGUGAAGGUGAUGCCAACAGUAAGAAAUCAACUGGUUUCGGUCGCAUCUCAUUAGUGCCUGCCCGCAAAAAGUUAAACAAGGUUAUCUUUCCUUAUGAUGGAUUUUUAAAAUUGUACAACUGGAGGGACCUUGAUUUUUUGCCGUGUGGGCUCAUGAAUUGUGGCAACAGUUGCUUUGCUAACGUGGUUUUACAGUGUCUCUCAUGCACGAGACCACUUGUGGCCUAUCUGUUAGGAAAGGACCAUAGCAGGGAAUGUUCUAUGAGACAUGAAGAUUGGUGUUUCUUGUGUGAGUUGCAAUGCCAUAUUCAAAGAGCUAGUGAAAGUUUACAUCCAUUUGCUCCUAUGAACAUUCUUUCUCAUCUGCCAAAUAUUGGUGGCAAUCUUGGCUUCGGUAGGCAAGAGGAUGCUCAUGAAUUCAUGAGGUUUGCAAUAGAUAAGAUGCAAUCAGCUUGCCUUGAUGAAUAUGGAGGCGAAAAGGCUGUUGAUCUUAGCACCCAAGAGACAACCGUCAUUCAGCACAUAUUUGGUGGACGGCUUCAGUCUCAGGUUCAAUGUACGGCGUGUGGAAUGGUCUCAAACCGCUAUGAUAACAUGAUGGACUUGACAGUUGAAAUUCAAGGUGAUGCUGAAUCGUUGGAAAAAUGCUUGGAUCAGUUCACUGCUGUAGAGUGGCUUGAUGGAGAUAAUAAGUACAAAUGUGAUGGAUGCAACGACUAUGUCAAAGCACGGAAGCAUCUUUCGGUUCAUCAAGCUCCAAAUAUACUCACUAUCACUCUCAAAAGAUUCCAGAGUGGUAGAUUUGGGAAACUGAACAAGAGAGUUACAUUCCCUAUGGAGUUAGAUCUUACACCAUACAUGAGUAGCACUGAUGGAAGUGACCUGUAUGAUCUCUAUGCUGUUGUUGUUCAUCUGGAUAUGCUGAAUGCUUCAUUUUUUGGCCAUUAUAUAUGCUACAUCAAAGGUUGUCGAGGAAGUUGGUAUAAAAUUGAUGACUGCAAGGUUAUGAUUGUUGAUGAGGAGGAAGUACAUGCUCAAGGUGCUUAUAUGCUUCUAUAUAGCAGGAGAACAGCUCGACCCAGGCCACUUAUUACAGUUGAAGAACUUAUGAAACAACAGCAGUGCAAAGCGGUCCCUUCAAAUGGACAAAACCAUCUGAUACCAGAGGAUGCAACAUUAAACUGUGAAUCACCUUCAAAGUCUUCAGAAGAUCUGUUACAACAGGAUUCUGAAUCCAACAAUGAAUCUUUGCAUAAGAUGGAUAUCAAGGACCUAGAGUCAGACUUGGAUCUACAUAUAAGCAAUGAGGGCAACAAAUUAAUUAGCAAUGAAAAUCUACAUUUGCCAGGUUCACCAGUGUCACAUGUUCUUGAAGACACUAGAACUCCAGGUUCUCCAUUAGAAGGGUCUACUUCCAUGAGAUCUGUGCAAUUUGGCCCUCCAUUAGAAGGUGUCCCUACUACCAUGAGCUCUGUGCAAUUUGGCUCCACGAGUGAAGCAUCUUCAGUUCAUUCCUUUGCAGAGCAAUGUGAGGAGUCUGCCUCAUGUAUUGAUUCAGUUGACUACAUGGACAUUGAAGCCGGCGCUGAAGUUGAGAGACGGAAUGAGCAACGACCCAUCUUAAAUGAUUCUGGAAAGACGGACAAUAAAGCAUCAGUCCCAACCUUCGUGAAUGGGAUGACAAGAAAACCAAAACCACUAUUUUCUCCCGGUUUCCUUGAUAAGCCCUCAAGAAAGAGGUCUUCUUUUGCAGAAGAGGGGCACAUUGGUGGUUGUAGUGCUGGUUCCUCUCAAAAGUUAAAUGGCCAUUGCAACGGACAUCUCAUCAACUCAGAGCAAGGAGUUCUCGCCAACUCCUGUGGUAGCAACUUAUCCUUUGGAAGUGAAAAGUGCAACGGAGAUAUGUUUGCGACGUCCAAUAAUGGCAAUUACCAUGCAGUCAAUGGUGAUAUACAAUCUAAAAAUGGCUCAUUGCAUGCAGACAAGCGAGAUAUGCCUUUUGUUUCUCAUGGUUUCAAGCCAAGACCUUACAGGGAACCAUCAGGCAGCAACAGUACAAGCAGUGGUAAACCAUCGAAAGCUUGCCAAGGGGACAUGUCAUUAUUACAUUGGAACUUCCUUGAAAGGCCUUGUUCUAGAGGAAAAUCAGUCAAAGUAGAUGAUUGUUUGCCAUUCAGUAAUGGCACAUCAUCAUCCUUUGUGAAUGGCAACAGUAAGUCAAGACACUGUAGGGAGUCUGCAGUCAUAAGCACCUCUCCAAGCUCUAUGCAUGGUCUGGAAACAAGCUCUAACAUUUCUAUGGAGCAGAAAUCUAAUGGUGCUGCAGUAGUGCCAGACCAUGUAGAAGAAAAGUGGAGUUCAGAUUGCACAACAAAUGGCUCGUCGUUCCAACUAAGAUCAGCUUCUGAUGAUAAAACUAGUGACUACCUCGGUGAAAAUGGCCAUGCAAUUUUGGCCACCAAGAAUACUAGUUGUGGGCAAGAAAAUGGCAGUAAUGGAACCCCCGAUGGGAAUGGUGUGGGUUGCCAAAGGGAUGGCGCUCCUGCCCUGUUGGUCUCCAAGAAAAUCUUGGGAUCUGAACAUGAUGGUUUGCGCCGAAGAGUAACCUCGAAUUUUUUUGAGCAGAAUGGUAUUGAUGGCCAAUAAAAGCAUUACUGGAUGUCAUAGCUGGUGAGAAGGGGGAUAUGUGCUCAUGCUGGCCGAAGGUAUAUAAACUGAUGGGCUAUGAGCUGGGAAGUAAAUGUUGGUUGAUUGAAACUGCGAUUGGAGCAGACAUUGUUUGCUUGAUAGUAAUUUUGCCUCUUUCGCCACAUGGUCCCCAUUUGUCUGAUGGGUGGAGGGGUGUCUCUGGGCUUCCACACAAUUUGCAGAAGUCCAGAUGCUCCCCUGAUGCCAUAUUAUUUUGUUGGCAUUAGCAUUAGGUACAUAGUUGAGUUUAGGCUUUCCACUUGAUCCAUAGCUUAAAUAAACUGGAACUGCUGACUCCCUCCCUUGUCAUGAAAGCAGAAUCAAUUGUAGAGUGAUAAGAGGAAAUUCUGAUUGCUUUUGCCUUCA